AUGCCCAGCAUCUUCGCCUACCAGAGCUCGGAGGUGGACUGGUGUGAGAGCAACUAUCUGUACUCAGAGCUGGUGGCCGAGUUCUUCAACACGUUCAGCAACAUCCCCUUCUUCAUCCUCGGGCCCCUCAUGAUGUCCCUGAUGCACUCCUACGCCCUGAAGCGUUCCCUCUACAUCCACUGCUUCGGGGUCCUCUUCAUGGUCAUAGGGCUCUUCUCCAUGUACUUCCACAUGACCCUGAGCUUCCUGGGCCAGCUGCUGGACGAGCUCGCCAUCUUGUGGCUGCUGGCCUGCGGCUACUGCAUCUGGAUGCCUCGCUGCUACUUUCCCGCCUUCCUGAAGAAGAGCAGGCUCCAAUUUGUCCGCCUGGUCGUCGGCACCACUGUGGUCAGCACCUUCCUGUCCUUCUUGCGGCCCACCGCCAAUGCCUACGUCCUCAACAGCAUAGCCAUCCACAUCCUCUACAUGGUCCACCGAGAGUACAAGAAGACCAUCAAUAAGGAGUUUCGGCGGAUCAUUCAAGUCUCUGUGGUCCUAUGGGCCUGCGCCCUAACCAGCUGGAUCAGUGACCGAUUGCUCUGCAGUUUUUGGCAGCGGAUAAAUUUCUUCUACCUGCACAGCAUCUGGCAUGUCCUUAUCAGCAUCACCUUUCCUUAUGCCAUGGUGGCCAUGGCUUUGAUGGACUCCAAGUACGAAAUGCCAGGCCACACCCUCAAAGUCCGAUACUGGCCUCAAGAGAACUGGCCCUUGGCAUUGCCCUAUGUGGAAGUCAGGAGUGACGACAAGCACUUCUGA